AUGGCCUCCCCGGGCCCCGUGGACGCCCGGGGCGUUGGCGGGGGCCCCACGCGCGCGAGCAGAGGCGCCUCCUGUCCGAGUCUUGCCUGGCAAUUAAGUGCUUUUUUAAAAUACUCUACAACAUGGAGACCUUUGAGUCAUAAUUCUUGGUUAUAUCAUGGUAAACUCUUAGAUCCAAGAACACCAGUCCAUAUACUUUGAGAGAUAGGUCUAAGACUUUCCUAUUGCUCCAGUUGUCUUCCCAAAUUUGAAUCAGCUCCAGAAUGGCCCCCUUUGGCUUCUUGUGGUGUCCCACCUUUUCUAAAGCCCCUUACCAGUCCUAGUGGGCUUUCUAGAGUACAUGCAUCUUUAAAUACUGCACUACAAUUUGACAGACAGUUAAGUCAAACAUUGAUCAGGGCAAGACCCAUACCUGAAUUUCUAAAACAGAUCCCAGGUAAUUGUGUUUCUGGUUGUUGCUGUGACUGGUUAACUAAAACAGCUAAGGAAACAACUUGCAUUGAACCCAUGAAUACUACUUACUCUCAUACUGACUUCCAAGAGGCAGUUAAACUACUUACUAAAUUACUGUAG